AUGGUUCAUUUACAACUGAAAUAUCAUUGGGAUAAAGUUCCUGGAGAAUGGCAAGAAACCAUGAAACGGAGAAGACAAAUGUUGAUUCAGAUGUGCAAAGAUCAGAAUGAAACCAUACCACCAGAGGCACCAACUAAAGUGAAACAGCCCAUUCCAAACAGAAUCUUUGUCGAAGACAUACAUGAAAUAAUCCUGUGUCCCAUGGCAAAAGCAGCAAGUAAAACCUGGUUGAAGAUAUAUUUCAAACUAAACAAGCAGAUGAACACUUCUGCCUUACAUAAUGACUGGAUUCCAAAGCAUGCGAUACGUGUGCAUAAACUUAACAAGUACACCGACUUUGGUAUCACCACACGCCUUAACACCUAUCUUAAAAUAAUGACAGUCCGUCAUCCUCUGAUCCGUCUCGUGUCGGUGUAUCACGAACAAGUGGCGCCUCCUGGAUCUCAGUAUGAGGGGGAUGUGAAGCGGUUUAUCGCGAAGACAGAAGGGAGAAAAAUUCAGUCUGUUACAUUUGAAGACUUCCUGCGUUACGCCGUACAAACUCCAAAUAUGCACUGGGAUCCAUUCAAAAAAUUUUGUGAUCCGUGUUAUAUAGAUUAUGAUCUGUUGGUAUAUUUCGAAACUAUGGAAGACGACGCCAAAAACACGCUGAUUCUUUUGGGUGCAGACGACAUGAUCAAACUCCCGCCAUCACAUCGUGCAGAUAAAAUGUCGGCUGACGAUGAAGCUCGAAAACAUUAUGAUGGUGUAGACAGACAACUACUGAAAAGAGUUAUCGCAAUGUACAGGAUUGAAGAGAAGUACUUUGGAUACAACAUGAGUUUAUUUUUAUGA